UAAAUAUUGCCAUUUGUCAAUUUGAAAAGAUUUUUUACACUUUUUUCGUACCGCCGGAAGUCAACAGUUGCGAUAAUCCCAGCCAUUUCUGCUAGGCGCAGCUGAUUUUCGUCAAUUUUCUCUAAAAGCUCUUCGCGGAUAAAACUGGUAAAACACAACCAUGCUGAGCUCCCGCCUUGCUACCGGACUCAAGGAGGUCCCUAAGGUCCUGAAACGUAAUGUUGGAAUUUUGGCCCCAGCUCUCCAAAAGGCCAGCGACCCGAUUCAGCAACUUUUCAUUGACAAAAUUCGAGAAUACAGGUCCAAGAACACAGGCAGCAAAACACUUGUAGAUGCUGCUCCCGAAACGAUUAGAGAGCUGCAAUCAGAGCUGGAGAAAGCGGCAAAUCAAGCUGGCGGUGGCGGUGGAGUAGACUUGACUGAAUUCCCACGGUUCAAAUUCGAUGAACCCAAAGUGGACCCCAUCAAUCUCCAGACUAAGUAAAUGUAUCUACAUAUUCAAUAAAUUACUGUAGAUAUAAAUGUAAUUUCCACAACUGUACACACAUUGUAAUAUCGAAAUAGUAAAUCGUGAUAACAGA